CGGGGAAAGAAGGAGUUUCCGGAAUUCGAAGACAUGGGACAGCAGCUACCCAGCAACAUCCUGUUUGGGGACGGAUACCUCGCCUCUUCCGGAAGUGGCGGCGCAGUGGGGCAGAAAUAUCGGCAGGAGACGGAAGUGGUGUAAAGGGAGGUCAUCUGUCUAGCCGGUUCCGGUUCCGCUCCCACUGUGCGCGCGCAGGCCGAGAUGAAGCUGCUGACCCACAACCUGCUGAGCUCCCACGUGCGUGGGGUGGGGCCCAGGGGCUUCCCUCUGCGCAUCCAGGCCACCGAGAUCCGCGUGAGCCCCGUGGACUUCAAUCCGGACUUCGUAACGCGUAUGAUCCCUAAGAUGGAGUGGAAGGCGCUGGUGGAAGCGGCCGAGAGCCUAGGACACCUGUCCGAGUUGCCUAGGCAGUUGGCGGACGGCUACGAAAAGGACGAAGAGUUCCUGCGCAAGGUGCACCAUGUGCUACUAGAGGUGGAGGUAGUAGAAGGCACCCUGCAGUGUCCAGAGUCCGGACGCCUGUUCCCCAUCAGCCGAGGCAUCCCCAACAUGCUGCUCAGUGACGAGGAGGCCACGUGCUAGGCGGGACCCGCCCCGCCCCUUUGUGGCCGUGGUCCCUCCCCCUCCCGCCCGCCCACCUGUGGCUUCGGCACCACUCAGAGCCCCCCGGGUGGUAUGAUUGCUGUUAUAUUUUUUUUUCCUCAUUAAAGGUUCAAAACCGAA